AUGGGUCAAUAUGAACCUCAACCUUCGACUGCUCCACCUCCCUACUCAAAGUACGACUUUCCUGGAGCCGACAACAUCGGUAAACCUGGUUAUCUGAAAAGUAAGUGGGCCAACAUUUUGCCCCUAUCAAUGGUCAAAAGUAUGACGCAGAAUCGAGCUCCAGGCGAAGUUGUGAAAAUCACCAUCUGCUGCUUGGUGCUCUUUGUCUUCCUCCUUCACUUUACUGUUCUCAUCACACUUCCAAUGGAAAUAAAUGGAUGGGCCUAUUGGAGGAUAGCUGGUGCUAUUAUCUUUUUUAUUGGCAUUGCUUGCUGCUUAUGCGUCUUUUCUAUGCAUGUUCAGUUUAGAGGACCCAGGCCCAACUUAUUCAGGCUACCAAUGGUGCCAUUUUUGCCUUGCAUGACAGUUAUUUUCAAUACCAUUCUGAUCUCACAGCUCUCAUGGAUGACAUGGAUUCGUUUCAUCAUUUGGGUUGGUAUUGCAAUUUCUUUUGCACGAGGAGACUUUACGAAUAUUGAAGUAUCUCAAACUGUCCAUGCCGAAUCACAUAUCGUUCGAGUCGAUGCAGAAAUCACCCUUGAUCUUCCAAGUGGUAUGCUAACUGCUUACAAAUAUCCAAUUGACAACGAAGUUGAUUCCAAAACUCCGCUGACAGUUAAAUCCGUUGGCAAAGUUUCAAAUGUGCCCACUUUUGACAUCGAAAUUCCCAAAGCCGAUGCUGGAAAACGUUUCAAGUUUACUGUUUCUUCAUACUUCACUGGUUUGCUUGAACCCCGACCCGCUGAAAUCAGCCAGGCCGACAGCCAGUUCGUUGAACUCUUGGUUAAUGUUGCACAUUUCUCGGCUUAUCCAACUAAGAAAGUUUCAACUACUGUCACUCUUGGCAGUGGACAAAUUCUCUUCUUCUCGGAAGAUAUUACACCUGUGAAGAAGUCGACCAAUAAGAUCAUAUAUGGUCCGUUUGAGAAUGUUGCACCAUUUGAGAAGCGAGUGGCCAAAUUCAACUAUGAAAAUACUUCACCUUUCUUGGCCAUCACCAGUCUUGAACGAUCAAUAGAAAUCUCCCAUUGGGGGAAUAUAGCAAUUGAAAACCAGGUGUCAAUAAGAAACUAUGGUGCAAAAUUAGUUGGUCCUUUCUCUCGACUUGACUAUCAACGUGGUAUUGGCCAUAAAAUUUCAAUUGCUGGAAUUAAAUCCAUUCUUCCAGCAUCUGCAAAAGAUAUUUACUAUCGGGAUGAAAUAGGAAAUAUUAGUACUAGCAAUGUAAAGAACCUGUACAGCUCAGUUGAAGUUGCCAUUGCCCCACGUUUCCCACUUUUUGGUGGGUGGAAAACGUUCUUCAUCUUGGGUUACAAUCUUCCUGCUUAUGAAAAUCUUUACCGCAAAGGAAACAAAUUCGCCUUGAAAAUGAAUUUCUUGGACUUCCUCUAUGACGACAUUUUAGUUGAUGAAAUGACCCUCCGGAUUAUUCUUCCAGAAACUGUCUCGAAUGUCAGACUAGAAGUGCCUUUUGAAGUUGAAAAACUACCCGAUGAAGUCCUAAAAACCUAUCUCGACACUUCUGGUCGAAGAGUUCUUGUACUUCACAAGAAAAACCUCGUUGAAGGCCACAUUCAAGAUUUUAUCGUCUACUAUGAUUUUAAUAUGAUAAACAUGCUUCGAGAACCGGCUAUGCUCAUUGCCGCGUUGAUGGUGUUUUUCACUGCUAUUAUAAUUUAUGUUCGUCUUGAUUUCUCAAUAUCAGAAGACAAAAUGGAUGAACUCCAGCAAAGAGUUCAAGUCUCAGUUGAUGAAAUCUUGAGCCUUCAGAACAAGCGGUCCGCAAUCUACCAGACCUACGAGGAUGUUGUGAGCAGUUACAAGUCUUCAAAAGAUGCUGACCGCUUCAAAGCUGACUACAAGCGUGUUGAAGCUGAUUAUAAGCACAUCACACAAAAGAUUUCUUCCUUGCAAACCAAGCUACGUGAAAUUUAUUCCGAGGGAGCUGAUAAGGUAGGAGAGCUUCAAAAGCUUGAUCAAGAUUACCAUGCCUUACUGACCAAGGGAGUUUCACUCGCGGAGAAUGUGAUUUCAGGAAAGAUUUCAAAGCCACAAUACCAGACGGAGGAUGGUAGUCUCUCAUCGAAGAAAUCCGCUUUGGUUGAGAAAAUGGAAUCCGUUGCCGAGUCUCUUUAA